UGCGAGCCCGAGAGGAGGCCAGGCCGGAGCCCCGCAGUGAGAAGAGAAGCGGACAACGAACGGAUCCUGAGUCCAAGGGGGGGGUGGCCGGCGAUAGGCCGAGUCAGGGGAGACCCUUAUCCCCUUCACCCCGUCCCCCUUACUGUGGACACAGUCAGCCAGGCAAACAGACAGGGAGGCCAGCAGGCAGCCAGACCCCAGCUCCGGGGGCUUGAGUCCAUCCAACCGCCCCUCCAUCCCCACCACCUCCCCGGCUUCUCUCCAAGGCCCGGAGGUGGAGGGGGGUGGGCUUGGGCAACGGGAUGGAAGCGACGGCGGCUGAAGGUGAUGGAAGCCCAACCGAAGCUGCUCUCGGGCGACGGGACAAUGAAGCGCUCGAUCGGGCCGAGGAUGAGGCGUCGGGUCGAAGGCGAAGCAAGAGGCCGAGGCCUACAGGCGAGGAGCAGAGCGGCGCCGGAGGAGAUGGAGAUGGAGCCGGAGCCGGAGCGGCAGCCGCAGCCGCAGUGGUGGCACCAUCACCCCCGCGGGAUGAAGGCCCGGCAUUUGACGACAACGAUGACCGACCUCCUCCUUCGCCGCCAGUCCCCGGGUCUCCCCUAGACGAGGACCGAGGCUCGCUGGGGAGGGCCGAGGCCGGCGGACGGCCUCCCUCCCGAAGGGUCGAGGGGACAGGGCCCAGGACGCGGUCGGCCAGCGGGAGGCUCUUGCCCAAGGCGAACGGGGUAGCGGGCAGGCCGCAAGACGGUAGCGGGGCCGGGGCCGAACCUGUUGCCCCUGAGCUCGGGAACCGUCAGCACCGGGAUCGAGACGGAGGCGGGAGCGAGCAGCAGGAAGAAGGGGAGGAGGAGGAGGAGGAGGAGGACGACGACGACGAACCCGACGACCCGACCUACGAGGUGCAGCAGGGCCGCCGUAUCCUCAAUGAGUUCCUGCUCGACAAGCACCGCAACCUGACGGCGCCGUUCGCCCAGGCCGGUGGAGGAGAGCCGACCGACCCUCUUCAGCCAUCUCCUAUCUGGCUGCACACCAUGGAAGAGAAAUUCCAGCGCAAUCAGUACGGCGGCAUCACCGAGUUCGUGGCAGACUUCAGGCUGAUGCUGGAGAGCUGCUACAGGCUGCACGGUGUGGACCACUGGCUCUCUAGACAGGCUCAGAAGCUGGAGAUGAUGCUGGAGCAGAAGUUGACGCUGUUGUCAAGGCCACUAAGAGAGAAGACAACCAUCGUGGUAACAUCAAAAGGCCGUUAUGGUAUAGAAGAGGAGCGAGGAGCCCUGUGCACUUCUACUCGUCGACGUUCUAUACCCCGCAGUUUAGGAGGCAUGUCGACAGGUGUUACAGAAUCCAUAAUGAUUCAGACUUUACGACAAGAAGAACAGCAGCGAGCAAGGGAAGAAAAGAGAUUACGUGAACAAGAGAGGAAGGAGGCAGAAGAAGCUGUGCAAAAAGAAAUUGAAGAAUGGGAGAAGAGUCUACGAGCCUUGGCUGAACCAACUCGAAUGGAGACACUUUGGGAGAUCCCUGCAAUUGGUCAUUUUCUGUGUCUGGCUCAGCAGAUCCUGAAUUUGCCUGAAGUUGUUUAUUUUGAUCUCGAGCGAUGCCUUCUAAUGCCCCAAUGUAGUGGUUUUCUGGCUAAAAUAAUGACCUCUUUAUUGAGCCCUCACCAUCACCGAGCCACUUUACACCGGAAGCCACCAUUUCCCUAUAAAAUUUGGGAAGCAGCACUGAAACGAAGAGUUCUCCAUUGGUAUGUAGUGGUCAGUCAAGCAGAAAAUCACAACCUGCAUGCUGAGAAAUUGGGACUAUGUCCACAGUUUUUCUGCGUUCUGGGGGAAACUAGCCCUUUGGAAGCCAAAGCUUUUCACCAGUUAACAUUUUACAAACGAGUUUGGUUACUUAAAGGCUUAUGUGAUUAUGUCUAUGAAACCCAGAAAGAGGUUCAAGAUGCUGUUUUGGGGCAACCCAUCCAUGAAUGCAGAGAAGUGAUAUUGGGAUAUGAUUCUCAUGAGAAUGCCUAUGUCCAUUUCCCACAGUUCUGUGGUGCAGAUUUGAGGAUUUAUAAACAGUCUCCUCUUCCACCUCCUGAAUUCCCUAUUCCACCUAUCAAAAUCUGUAGGAUCUCACAGCAGAGAUCAGAAGAGACAAAAAGUGAACUUUUUUCUGAAAGCCAUGAGAAACCAAAAAGUAAAAGAAAGGAAACUACUACCAAAACGAUAACUGAUUCUAAAAAGUCCAAUGAAGGACUUGACUCUAGCGACCUGGAGGAUUUUUAUUUAAGGAUGGAAUCUGGAUCAGAAUUUCCUUCUCAAGAAGGUGAAGAAGAAAUAAAAUUAAACUGUGAAUGUAAAAACCAUAGAACGUCAGCAGUGAAAAAAGAAAAUAUUGGUUCUUGUAAAGAAAAUUUAGUGAAGCCUGCUAGCCCUGGAGAGGUUGUAGGGUAUGGGGAGCCUCUUAGUCCAGGAGAAAUUAGAAUAACUGAAAAUGGUGAAUUUUGUACAGAUGACCCUGAGCUAAGAAAGGGUGUGAGACCAUUGACUGAGAAGGCAAUCAAAAGCUGCAAAACACUUAUUAAUGGAAGCCAUACUGAAAAUUUGGAUGUAAGCUGUCUAGUUGGUAAAAUAAAUAAUAUUUCUGCAAAACAUUUCUUGGAAAAAAUUGAGGAGCUUGAGAUAGUUAAGCUUCAUGUCAAGAAAAAGAAGAAGAAGAAAAAGAAACUGAAAGAUGCUGUGAAUAAGAUUUCACAGUUGAGGCCAGAUAUAGUUUGCCAAAAUCUAAUGAAGAUUCAGAAACCAGGAAUCCAGAAGAAAUCCCUAUUGCUAAAAAAGAAAACAAAACACAAAAAGCACAAAUCUGCAAAGAAACCAGAUUCUGAAAAGGCAGAUGAGAAGAAGAAGAAAUUAAUAUCACCACAGUUGCCUCCAGUGCCACAGUUUCAGCUCAUUUGCACUAGUCUUGAUGAACUCAGGGAACUCAUUGCCAAAAUGGAGGGAGAGCUAAAAGAACUGGAAAAUAAUAAGAAGAAAUCUGAAAAAUGGUUUUACAGACGACAAGCUUUAAAAGAUUUGCAUGGUACCCUAGGACGACUAUUGAAUGAAUUAUUGCCAUGGGAACAAAAACUAAUCAAAGCCCAUCAGAGAAAUCGGGCUCGAAUGAAGAAAGACUUUGAUGACUUUAAGAAACAGCCGGACAAUGAUGUGUUCCUUAGAGACACCGUGCCUAGUGAAGAAGUGGAUGGAGAGUUUAUGAAAGACGUAUGUCCAAAUGAAGCAGGAUCUUCAAAUUUUGCUGACCAUCAAGAAAUUAUUAAAAAAGAAUGCUUUGAAAUAGAUGACAUGAUGCAGACUGACACGGCGAUAUCUGUAGGUAAACCGAAGCCCAUAAGAAGAGAAAGUUCUAAUAAAGAAACACAGAAACAAACUUCCAAGAAUCCUAAAAGGCAAAUGAAAUGCAGUGAUCUUGAUGAAUGUGGCAAAGAAUCCUCCCCAAAUAAAAAGAUGAAAUUAAGCACAAAUGAAGCUGUUGUAGGACACAGCCCAGUAAAAAUGUUAUCCGGUUCUGAGCCCAGAAACCAAGAGAUUGAAUCAAAAUCUGCAACAGUGCAGCUUCCAGUUGAAUCAGUUACCAACUUGAACAAGCCAGAUGAACAUUCUGUGAUGUUAGAUAUUUCAAAAGGUGAGAUAUCUAAUGUAUCAAGAUCAGCUGUUCAGAAAAGGACCAAACCUAUUCAAGCCUUACUUGCAAAACAUAAUGGGAACAAAGUGACCUUAACCAGUCAGACAUCCUCCUCUGUGAGAGAGAUGAGCAGUCUGGAAGAGAAAGUAACUGCAAUUGCGCCUCAUCCAAGCCCAACAAAGUCAUGUUUACCAACGAUUCCAUCUCCAAAAGGGCCACUGCAGAUGGUGUACAAAAUGCCUGAUGGAUCUUGUGUGCCAAUUGAUCUGAGUAGCAGUCAGAUUAAGAUUGCAGUCCAACCUGUCAUUGAUGCAAAGACUGGAGAGAGGAUCAUGCAGCAGGUACUUAUUGUACCCAAAAAUUUAUUAGCCCAACAACAAGAUGGAAGGUAUGUUGAGAAAGGAAGUCUGCCCAAGGCACUAAAGGAUUUGGAGAAAAGAGCUUCAGUUGGAUCUCAAACAGCUGAUUUAGGCCAUUCUCCUACAGUAGACCUUCAGCCUCUGUCAUCUGUUCAGGUGCAGUCACAGGUUUCUAAUUUAAGACCGAGUAAGAGCACAGCAAGUUUAACAUCAGUAAUAACUUCUGUUAGUCAGCCAACAAAAGUUGUAUCAUCUUGUAAUGUUUUAGCAUCAUCAGUUAUUGCACCACAAGGAAGGGCAGAAGUUACAGCACCUUCAGUUAUGACAUCAAAUGCUAGAGGUGGUCAGUCAACAGCUAGUGAGCCAGUAAUGCCAACAAAAACACAAACUAAGUCAGGUAAUACUGGAACUGCUCAGAGUUUUAACCCGCAGCAGUCAAAGGAAUCAAAUGAAACAAAGCAGGAACUUAAAACUGUAUGUAUACGAGAUUCUCAGUCCAUUUUAGUCAUGACACGUGGCGGAAACACAGGCGUAGUUAAGGUGCAAAGCAACUCUGAUCAAAACUCACCAAAUGCUAUUACUCCAAGGCCAAUAUUCACAUUUUUACCAGAAGUUCAGAACUUUGUGGUCUCAAAAACACAACCAUUGUCACCAUUGACCUCUAUCCUCGUUCCAGCGCAGACUUCCCUAACAAACAUCAGUCAGCUUCCUGUUUCCAAUUCCAUUUCAUCAGUUUCUUUAGGUCUAAACCAGUUGGGUGCCGAACCAAUUAAGUUAGGGUCUUGCAAAACUGUGAAUAAUGCAGGAGUAGUACCUGUUGUACCUGUGCCUCUGCCAACAGUCUUGUCAACUGUUUCAGAGAAUCCAACUGUGCACGCCAGUAGCCACAAUGCCUUGAAUUUAGUUAGUGGACCUAUUGGUAGAUUAGCUAGUGAAAGUGCAGUCCAGAAUAAGGUAACGGUUACUCAAGCACCAUCAUUGCAAUUCUCACUUGAUACUGUAAGUGGCAAGCAGUUAUUUUUAACACCACCUGAAUGUAAUAAGUCAGGAGGUAGCACAUUCCUGACUGGAACUACAAUGCCGAAAUUUCUGUUGGUUCCAAAUCCUCCUGCUACACUUUGUGGCACAAGUCAAGUCAGCAUGGCACCCACAAAUGCUCAGCCUCAAAAGUUAGUCUUCAUGAGUCCAUCUGUGUCUUCAAUGUCCUCAUCCUCCAACUUAGUAUUAACCAAACCACCCCAACAACCACCUGCAACGCCUUUAAACACAACACAAAUGCCAGUGAAAAAUUCAGAUCCUUAUCAGGUGGUGCUGGUACCUUAUACUGGGGAAACACCAAUUAAAGGCAAUCCACUGCCCAGCUCAUUUCAAAUGAAAGAAGUUAAAAAGGGAAAUCUUAUAAGAAACAGCAUCCAGAAAGUGCCAGGAAUCAGUAUUCUGCCGACUGCAAAAGUAGGAGAGGGAUUAUCUAUGAAGAAUGCUGUCUCACCAACAAGUUGUGUUAGUACUUCAGCAAUUCCUUCCGUUGUGGUGGGAAAUCAGAGCUCUCCACCUUUCAGGAAUUCUACAGGAAUCAAAAUGUGUGUUCAAAAUGCAUAUACAGUGGCAACAGCAGCUACAGGUACAACUCUGCUAACGCCAACUUUUACAACAUUUGGUUCUCUUCCCACUACUAUGCUUAAAGGAAAUGAUAAUAUCUCUGGAUCUAAUCAAGGGGUGUUAGCAACUAGACUUCCUGUUGCCAUUUCAACAGUGAAGGCAGAACACCUUGCAUCCUCAAUGCUUCUUGCAUCUCCACAGCCAAAGAUAUCACAUCAGUCAUUGACUUCUCUUCCCUUGCCAAUUACAGCUCCUUUACCAAACCCAAACACAGUCAAUUCAAAGAUGGUACCAACAAACACUCAACCAAUAAGUACAGCAUUUUCCCCACAAGUUGCACAUUUUUCAAAGGAUAGUUCUCAAACAGUCAUUCGUUUUCCAAAUCCAAACACAAUAGCAUCACCAACCAAUACAAUUACUGUUCCAAGGUCAGCAGCUGUGCAAGCAGCUACUCGGCUGAAUGCAUCAACUGUUGGUAAUGUAUUUGCUGCUUCUUUGGGUCUUAGCUUGGCCCAUCAAACGACAGUACAGAAUUUAACAAAACAUCCAGUCGGUCCUAAAACAGUUAUGGCAUCUACUUCACUAAUACAGUCUGUAGCAACUGUGCCAUCUUCUAUCAGCAAAGUUUCUGAACCAUUAAAUGAAUCUUGUGUAAGGCAGAAAAUAGUUAUCAACACAAGUACACCUUUGGCACCAGGGACUCAAAUAGUCAUUAACAAUCAUCGAUUUGUAGUUCCACCUCAAGGUCUUGAAUCUGGUAGCCAUGUCCUGCUGAUUUCCAAUACACUGAAGCCAAGUAAUUCUCGAGCAGUAAGUUUAAGCCCUGGAUCUCAUACGGGAACUGAUGUUACAUCUGCAAGUCAAAAGACAACAAUAGUAUCUGCUUUAUCCCAUCAUUGUCAAUCCUUUCCAUCUCCUUAUGUUUCACCUGAGAAGCUGCUUCAAACGCUGUGUGUUCCGAGUGCUGCACAAACAAUAACUGCUGUCUCCAGACCUGUCCAACUUACAACAGGAUCAACACCGAUACAUGGCCCUACUGCAAGACCUUCACUUCAGAAUGCAGUAUGCAAAUUCCAAGUCCCUACAAACCAGAGUGCCCUAGGUCUUCCAGUAGACACUUCCUUCAAUAAGUUAUUGGUCAGCCCAGAAGGGGCUGUUUUAAAUGCUAUUAACACUGUGGUUAAUCCUGUUAUAAAAGUGGCAUCAAAGUCCUCUCUAACUCAUGGUUUGGGAAGUUCAAGUGCAAGUCCUGCUGUAGUCUUUCCAUCAGUUAAGGGAUCAGAAGUACUCGAUCCUACUAGAACUGUUUCUGCAUCUUCUAGUCUAUAAAUUACAACUGUAAGAUGUCCAGAUAACUGAGAUUGAGAACCAUCAGUACAAUUGAAAUCAUUCUCUAAUUAUAUUUUGGUUUUUGGAGAAGGCACAACUUAUUAACAGUAACUAAGAUGUCUUGAGAGGCACAAGUAUUUAUUUAGUCUGCAAAGCUGUUUUCCCUGUGUUUUACCUGUGAAAUCUGUGUAUUUCAAUGUACAAAAACAUUGUUAAAAAUUGUAAGACAGCAAAUUUGAAUGACCUUGUAAAUUUUCCUGGUUUAUAAUUUUAACUAAAGCAUAGCAAUUUUAGUGAUUGCUUACUGUGCACUCAAAAGCUUCUUGCACACAAGCAGUACAACCUAUUAUCAAUGUCCAUAUCUUUGGUGUGCUGCAAUGUUCCACUUUUAAGUGUGAUUUUUUUAAGAAGUGCAGUCAAAAAACCCCACAUGACUUGUUUAUAUGCUAUUGCUUCCUUUUUA